GGGGGCGGGGCAAAACCUCCAGCUCCGGGGGUUGGAGCCAAACCUCCAGCUCCGGGGGGCGCGGCCAAACCUCCAGCUCCCGGGGGCGGGUGGAAACCUCCAGCGCCGGGCGGAGGGGGAAAAGCUCCAGCCGCGAAACCUGAAGACGAGCUUUUCACAAGAUUUGGCCGAGCUUUACUGGACCAAUUCGACAAAGCCAGACACGAUUUUCGGGAACAGCAACGGCAAAAGCAGCCAGGGCUUCCACAAGUGCCAGAAGGUCAAAUGGACUAUAUCGCGGUCGCACGUUUGAUGUACUCCUGGGUCGCAUUCUCCUUAAUCUUCAGCACCGCUAUCGAAAAGGAUAUGAACACGUUCAUUGGGCAUUUCAAGAGCACAUUCAUGACCCGUCGGUUGUCCGAUGCCUUGGCUAGCGGCGAAGAAGUCUGCGAGGGUUUCGCCCGAAUGUUCUAUGCCUUGCUCAACGGUGCGACCGGUACCUCUUACGCGAAGAAGAUCAGCGGCUGCACACGUCAGCUAGGAGGCCUCCAAAAUCCCCAUGCGUCGAUGAUUCUGGAUCACAUGUGGAACGCCUUCCCCACUGAUGCUGAAGCGAUGGGAAGAGGUGCUCCAGGCGUCAAAUACAAAAUCAUAGACCCUACUUGGGCGAUCCCCGUCGUGGUCAAAGAUACGAACGGCGUCGAACUGCCCAAAACCAGGCCCAGUUCCCGAAGCGUCGAGUGGAGUCUGACCAACGCCGGCCAGGCAGUGUUUCACGGUCCGAUGAGCGAGGCUUUGAUUGCGGGUGUUCGCGACUUGGUGCAUCCUACAUGGCUCGCGGAGUAUCUCUAUACGGACCCCCAGACACUGCCAUACAAGAACUUGUAUGACAUGUAUUGGAAAACUCAACCCAUCUGGUACAAUAAGGACGAGCUCUACUGGAUCGACACGGCGACAGUCACGCCUUUCAACACCCGGAUGACGUGGCUCAAGGACGCAUCCUUUGUUGUAACGUUCAAGAACAACUGUGUACACCAGAGGCUCAACAUGCCGGAUACCUUCCUGGGUUACUUCAACACGGAUUGGGCAACCGUUAAGUCCAUUGCCAACAAAACCAGCAAUAUACUGCCACAACCGAAGGUCGAAUGGCAACGGUUUGCACCCAACGCCAUGGAUCCGGGGGAUACUCGUAUCAUCUGGUCGGCGAAGCUGACGCUGGCGCCCGAUGCAACGACGUUCACCAGUGGCACCGUGGUCCUCGCCGGCUACUUCGAUGGUCCUGAUUUGGAGAGACAGCAAGAAGAUUUUGAUCCGAGAGCCGAGGGACGGUAUCGACCGAUUAUCGUGUGGGAUGUGGUAGUCGAAUGAAUGCGGGCUUGCCAUGGCGAAAUGUCGUAUGUCAAGAGUGUCACUGAAUUGUCUUCACGGCCGAGCAUGUUGGACUUUCGUUGUGCGUAUCACAAAUGGCACCUUGUUUUACGG